GUGUCAAAUUCAAAACAUUAAUUUAGUUAUUUGAAAUAAAAGUAUACGGCUAACGUUUAAAUGUGAUUUACCAUCGCUUUUUUAUUAUCUUUUCUUUAAAUCAUGGGCGAGAAACUAAUUAAAAUCCAAUUCGAACUUUUGCGUGCGAAAUACGAUUUCGAGGCUUCACGCCCCAAAACGUUAAGUUUCUUAAAAAACGAUUAUUUUCUCCUCCAUGCCACUGCCGCCGCCGAGAAAAACUGGUGGCAAGUUAUAAAUGCAUAUGGACAAGUCGGUUAUGUACCUUCUAAUUAUGUGACAACUGUUAAAGUGUCCCCAUCGUUCUAUCAACAAUUCUUGGAUACUUGCAUCGAGUAUUUAAAUCAAACCGACGACGAAAGUUCUGUUGUUACUCAAUAUUUUGCAAAAGAUGAGUUGAUUAAAAGACUUCUUGAAAAGAAACGACAAGCUGAAUUGACCAUGCAAGAUGAUUACCCAGGUGGCUCUAUUGACUUGACCUACAAGCCUACGGAUAAAAUUCAUGACCCAAGAAAUUAUGCAAACCCUAUGAGGGGACAAGGUGAAUGUAUUUAUAAUGCUGCUGAAAAAAUUGGCUAUGCGAAUAAAAAUGCAAACAGGAACGAUGAUUUAAGACCUGUUAAGUCUGAAAUUAAACCGGAUAAGUUAGAGAACAUGCAUAGAACCACGUCUAGUCCUGAUUUAAGCCGUGCACAAAGUCAAGGUACUAAUAAAAAAAUGUCGGAGGAUCCUGUGUCAGCGUUGCAACCCUUAGCGAUAUACAGACUUGUAGACUCUGUACGACAAAGUACAGAUUUAAGUUUUAAAUUAGCUAAAGUAGCUGUAUCCACAGUUGUGUCGGAGUUACAAGAUUUAUUACCAGGUGCCCUUACACCUCAUCUAGCUAGUGUUUUGUGGCAUGCCAAUGGCCCUUUGGAUGUACCCGAUUCCAUGUUACUUGAAACAUACGAUGCCGAGAGGUUAAAGGUAAUAUUUGCUGAGUUAAAUUCUUGUAAACAAGAUGAACAACAGCGAUCCUGGAUGCUGCACGAAGACGAAGCUAUAAUUAUGGAGUACAUAACAGAAAUGAUACAAAUUUUAACAAAUGCUGAUAACAAAAUUAGUUGUCUAGUGAUGUCUCAAGAUGAUUACGAGUGCAUUGUUAUGUUGAUACAAUAUUACCAAAUGGAAGUCAGGUGGUCCAUAAGACAACUAUUGUUAAAGGCUUUUGGUGUGGUUUGUAAUUUAGAUUUGAUUGCGUUAAGAGUCAUGUUAAGUUCUGUUUUACCUGUGGAGCUUGCACGAGACAUGCAAGCUAAUCCUAAAGACGCCCAACGUUUAAGAUUCUCAGCUUUGUUGUUAACAAUGGUGUUCUCAAUGGGCGAACGCAUGCCUUUCACACACUUUGAUCAACUGGGUACAGACUUUAUGUUAUUUUUAUUAAAUAUAAUGCACUCACCGCCUGAUACUGAUGUUGAAGAAAGACUUCCUGAUUUAUUUUUAAACGUAAUACUUGCGUACAACUUGCAAUUCAGUUACAACGAUACUGAGAAUCACGUGAUUGAAAGUUUGGAAGAACUACAAGUCUUGAGCAUUUUCACAGAAAAACUUCUAUUACUUUUGAAUCGUGAUGAGGAUCCUGUACGAGUUUUUAAACACGAGCCUGCACCCAGUCACUCGGUGCUGAAAUUGUUUAUAGAUAUCUUCAGCAAGCCGACAAGUGCUCAGUUGUUUUAUACGAAUGAUGUUAAGGCUCUGAUAGAUAUUAUAGUGAGACAAUUGAGUGAUUUGUCGCCUGAGGAUAAAAAGAGGCAACAGUAUUUGGAGUUGGUGAGGAGAGUCGUUAGGAAUACUAAUUAUUCUGAGCAUAUGCAUAGGCGUGAUGAUUUGUCCAGGAUAUUUACAAGGAUAUUUUGUGAAGAGGGAGAGGUUUCUAUUCCCGAUCAGCAGCUGGUUCGAGAGAUAUCGAAUGAAUUUCCACAAUAUUUUAAAGCGUAAAAAGAAUAUUUUUUAUUGUGCCAAGCAGUAUCAUCUUUAAUG